AGCUCAUGACUAUACAUAACGUAAAUUAUAACUUUUUAAUUAUUGAGGUACGGUUUUGAAACGCAGCCCUGAUGGAUGUUAGUACGGACAACAACCCACAUCCAUUUUACGAAACACUAUUUUUAACGGCCGGUCGCAAAAUGGAUGUAAUUUUUAGUUCAUAUUCCGGCCAAAAUGAAUGAGGUCGUCAGUGCGCCGGGAGUUUUGAGCGCUAUACUUGCAUCAUGGCUGAUCAUGGCCGCUCUCAGGUUCCUCUCUGGCAGAAGUAUCGUUGCGAGACCAAGAUCGUUCGCGGUGUCGUGAUCGAGUGAAGUCCGAGAGUCCGUGCAAUUCGAUGUGCCUUCGCUCUUCCGCAUUUAUCUUCUCACGCAUCUAGAUCCGACAUAUUCCGUAGCCGGAUUCACCUAUAAACAUCCUCGGAUCAUAACAGUUUCUCAUGUGCAUGUUUUGAUUACCUGCCCCUUCAACGAGAGACAAUUCGGCGACGCCGAGGCCGACCAUGGCGGAUUCGUUGCACAAGGACGGAUACGAAAACCCUAGCUUGCCGAUGCGUGCUAACAGCGGUAAUAUAGGAUCGGACAGCGACAUGAAGCUGGAACCGUCCAGUCCUACAGAGAAGUAUACCUUCUCCCGUUGUAGCAGCACGGGAUCAGUUAACACGCCGUCUUCUUCUGCUCAUAACACAGAGGACGAAGAUAGCGACAACAAAAAUUGUACCAUAAGCUACAAGGAACGCAGGAGAGAAGCCCACACACAGGCCGAGCAGAAGAGGAGGGACGCUAUCAAAAAGGGUUACGACUCUCUUCAAGAUUUGGUACCGAGCUGUCAGUAUUCAGACUCCUCGGGCUACAAGAUUUCCAAGGCUACGGUGCUUCAAAAAUCCAUUGAUUACAUACAGUAUCUGUUGAAGGAGAAGAAGAAGGAAGAAAUUGAUCGUAAUGCACUGAGAAAGGAAGUCGUCGCGUUGCGCAUUAUGCAAGCAAACUACGAGCAGAUUGUCAAAGCGCAUCAGACGCAGCCAGGACACGCAGAAAUGCGUAUCUCAGACGAGAUGAAAUUCCAAGUGUUCCAGGCAAUUAUGAAUCGUCUUUUCGAAACGUUUAAUAUUUCCGUAGCUAACUUUACGGAAUUAUCUGGUUGCGUGUUCAGUUGGCUGGAGGAUCAAUGUAAACCUCAGACUCUACGCCAAAUAGUAACCUCGGUACUACAAGAGCUCACAAUCGGCAACAAUCAAAUUAGCUAGUCAAGUGCAUCUCCAAGAAAAAUAUCUAUCGCACAAUGUCCUCAGAAGAAUUCCUUAUAUGUGUAAAGUGUAAAGAAAACACAUAACGUACUAUAUAUUAUUUAGAUAUGAAACAAAGUUUAUGAAACAAAGAGCGUGUAUCUCUUUGUUUUUCUUUUUUGAUGACGAUACAACAGAUUCUCGAUCUGAAACAAGCGAAAUUGAAACAAGUACAGAUUAUGAGAAACAAUAGUGAUUUUCUUAUUGCAUUUUCAUUAGUGCAAUAUUUAAUGGUUUAAUUAAUACAUACAAUCUUGAGAAAGAAAUUAUUAUUAUUCUAAUUAUAAAUAUUAGUGUAAUUUAUGUUCUGUUUAAGAGAGUUUUUGCAUGAAUUAUCUACAAUAUGGAUAUCCUCCAUUUUGUGAAUAAUUAGCAUUUUGUUAUGAUUUAUGAAGAUAAUCUGGAAUAAUAUCUUCUUUGAGUUGUUAAAAAAAAUUAAUAAAUAAGUUACCAGAAGAGAUGUGCAUUGUAGAUAUAAUGCACGUGGGAAAUAUGGAUAAAAGUUUAUUUUAUAUACAUCUGAUAGAUAGGAUGUAGGAUUAUUAUCGACAAUUGAUGUGAAAUAUUUUUAUCAGAUCUUUUAUUGCAUACACUUUGCGAUAAACGAAUGGCAUAUAGUGUAUAUAUGUAUAUGUAUGUACAUCUGAUUAUGUAUAUAACAGAUUUAUAACAUAUAUUUACAAAGAAUGAAUGUAUACACGAUCAAAUU